AGACUACAGUGCUAACAGAAGAUUCCAUACCAUUGACCACUUUGUGUUCCCUUUUAGACCCAAUGACAUUGUCAGUUACAAUUGCAUUGCGCACAGGAUAAUCAAUAUUGGACGGUUAAUCAGUGGAAAUAUGUCACAUGUUGUCAGACCACAUCAAUGGUAGUAGCCACCAGAUACUCUGUCAUGGCUGCUUGGGCUGCUUGGGAUAUGCACCGCACCAUGUAUGAUGGCAAAGGUGGCGUGGAGGUCGGGGCAGAGGGAUUGUAAGUACUAUAUUAUGGGGUCUAUUCAUUUGGGAUUCCAUGGGAUCUGUGGUAGUGAUCAAAGGCAUUGUGACAGCUGUGGACUGUAUGAACAAUAUUACAAGCCACCUGCAUCCCUUAUUGCUUGAUGUCUUCCCAACAGUAAUAGCAUCUUCCACCAGGAGAACUAUUCACAUCACAUAAUGAGAUCAUUUUGAUGUCUUAUCCAACAAAUUUGCCUGACCUGAAGACAAUUACAUCUGGGACACUACUGAAUGCCAGCUUUGUGCUCACAAACCACCUGACCAGAUUGCAGUUUACAAGAACAGUAAAACCUGUGCUUAGACAUGUGGUGCCAUAUUGCUCUGCAGAUCUACCAAGAUUUGUCAAAUCCUUACCACACAUAAUCACUGCUGUAUUGCAUUCCAAAGGUGCACCAAAAUGCUAUUAAGCAGAUAAUCAGAAUGUCUUGGCUCAUCAGUGUAAGUGACCAAAUGGGAGGUUUCUUUUUUCUGUUGCAAUAUGCAGCUCUCUAUGUAGUGCUGGUCAGCGUGUAUUCUGAAAUCACUGUUAAUUUUUCAGGUACAUUUUUUUGCAGUCGUUGUGGCCGCUCAUACUCAUCAAAGGGUAAUUUGUCAAGACAUCAACGAUUGGAGUGUGGCGUUGUUCCGCAGUUUGUUUGCAAUUUGUGUAGUAAGAAGUUCAAGCACAGCCAUCAUCUGUUGAAACAUCUCACAUGUUAUCACAAAUUUUAUGAUGGAGGCUAUCAAAACCCUGAUUUUAUCAGCUAG